AAUAAAUCUCAGAGCCAAAUGAAUCGUCACGCUCACACUCAAAAGAGUGAAUGAAACCUUAGGGUUCCUCUGUUCUUCUUCUUAACCCAAAAUCACAAUUUUAGGGUUCAUAAAAAUUCAACCUUUAUCACCAUUUUCAAAGCUCAAACCUUAGCAUUGCAACAACUCUUUUGCGAAAAAAGUUCUUAGAGAGACUCAAACUCACACAUGGCGAAGACAAGACCAGGAAAAAAGGACAUGGACUCAUACACAAUCAGAGGAACAAACAAGGUUGUUAAAGCUGGUGAUUGUGUUUUGAUGCGUCCUUCUGACACGAGUAAGCCACCCUAUGUGGCACGUGUGGAGAAGAUCGAGCAAGAUAAUAGGAACAAUGUGAGGGUUCGUGUGAGAUGGUAUUAUAGACCUGAAGAAUCUAUUGGUGGAAGAAGACAGUUUCAUGGAGCUAAGGAACUGUUUUUAUCUGACCAUUUUGAUGUUCAAAGUGCUCACACUAUUGAAGGGAAAUGCAUUGUUCACUCUUUCAAGAACUAUACUAAGCUUGAGAAUGUAGGUUCUGAGGAUUACUAUUGUAGGUUUGAGUAUAAAGCUGCUACUGGUGCUUUCACUCCUGACCGUGUUGCUGUAUACUGCAAAUGCGAGAUGCCUUAUAACCCGGAUGACCUAAUGGUGCAGUGUGAAGGGUGCAAGGAUUGGUACCAUCCGGCUUGUGUGGGCAUGACUAUUGAAGAAGCAAAGAAAUUGGACCAUUUUGUUUGUUCUGAAUGUUCAUCUGACGAUGAUUUGAAGAAACCACAGGCGGCUUUUCCUGUAUCACCAGGAUCUGAUGGCAAGGUGGAGCCGAAGCGGCGAAAGAGAGGACCAUGAUGCAGAAAUGCAACUUUUGGUGGUGACUAUGUGGUAGCUAUUGUGUGUUGUUGUACAACUUUCACCGGAUCGGAUGCGAUGUUUUUAUUCAUGUUUAUUUUGACAGCAAGUCUCAGGCAUAUUAUGUAUGUAUUUGUUCUAGAUUUAUGUUAAACCAUUUAUGUGUUUCCUUUUUCUGGUCAGAAAAAUUAGUCUAAGUAUUAAUGCCUGAGAUAACAUCAAAACCUUGAAUAUUUUAAGUGAAAAAUGGUACUAAUUGCUAUCAGUUUGGUUAAUUAAAUUUGAAGUGCUUUUUGCUUUGCUCA